CGGGCCAAGCGCCUGGCAUCUCCCGUGGCCGCCGCGGGCGCGCUGCUGGGGUCUGGCUCCCUGCUCCUGCUCGCGGGUCUGAGGAGGUGGGAAGCAGGGCGGGAAGGAGGAGAAGAAGGUCUGCCCUCCUACUUUCCAAGUCCGAGAUGGUCAUGGAGAAAGAGAGGUGGUUCAGGGCUUCGUCGGACUUGUUUCCCUCCGCGGAGGCUCGCCGAGGAAAGACACUGCUGAUCCUGUAACAUGGAGGAUUGUCUUCAUACUUCAUCUGAGAAUCUGUCCAAAUUGGUCAGCUGGGCCCAUAGCCAUGGGACCAUUUGCAGCCUCAUUCCAAACCUAAAACACUUGCUUUCUGAAGGUUCCCAUGGGAACCUGACGGCAAUGUGGGGCUGUAGUGCUGGCCAUGCUUAUCAUUGGCCACUAACAGCUACUUGUAGAGCUGGGUCCCAAGAAAGGGUCUGUUUCCAGGACAACAGAAGUUUUAACUCUGAUAGUCCCAGUAUAAUUGGGGUGCCUUCUGAGACACAAACUAGCCCUGUUGAAAGGUACCCUGGGAGACCAGUGAAAGCAAAGCUAGACUGUAACCGGACCAGAGACUCUUGUGACUUCUCUUAUUGCAGUGAGCCCUCUGAACUGGAUGAAGCUGUUGAAGAGUAUGAGGAUGAAAACACCCUGUUUGAUAUGGUUUGUGAGUCUUCUGUUACAGAUGAGGAUAGUGACUUUGAACCCCAAACCCAAAGACCUCAAAGCAUUACUCGCAAAAGGCCAGGAAUAGUUCCAUCUUCCCUCCAUUCAAGUUCCCAGACACAGAUGGUUGAUGAAUGCAGCAAUGACGUCAUCAUCAAGAAAAUCAAACAAGAAAUUCCAGAAGAUUAUUACAUUGUGGCAAAUGCAGAGCUGACUGGAGGGGUAGAUGGACCAGCCCUGUCCUUGACUCAGAUGGCAAAACCCAAGUCUCAGACUCAUGCUGGUCCCUCCUGUGUGGGGUCUGCUAAGUUGAUUUCCCAUGUAACAUCUGCCAUCAACACGGAGCUAGACGCACAUGGUAUGUCUGCAUCUCCUUCUGUGAUCUCCAGACCAGUUGUCCCAAAGACUGCUAGGGUAUCUCUGGCUUCACCAAACAGAGGACCCACUGGUACCCAUGGCACCAACCAGCAGGUGGCCAUGCAGAUGCCUGUGAGCACAUCCCAUCCUAACAAACAGAUCAGUAUCCCUUUGUCUGCCCUGCAGCUGCCUGGACAGGAUGAUCAAGUUGCUUCUGAAGAAUUCCUGUCUCAUCUGCCCAGCCAGGUCUCAUCCUGUGAGGUAGCCCUCUCUCCCUCAGUUAACCCAGAGCCAGAAGUGAGCUCCAGUCAGCAGCAGCCUCCAGUUGCUCCAACUAUAACCACUGAGGCCACAGCGCAGUGCAUACCAGACCAGGAUGAAAGAGCAGCUGAGCUCAGCAGGGAGCAGAAUGAGAAAACCAUCCGGAGCACACAGACUGCGCUCCGCAAUUUCCCUUAUUCUACUAAGCUCAACAAAUUUCCUGUAUUUAAUAUUAAUGAUGACUUGAAUGAUCUGUGUACCAGUGCAGUAAGCCCAAACACUACCAAAGCCACGCGGUACGCCCUGAAUGUGUGGCGAUAUUGGUGCAUGACCAACGGGCUCAAAGAUCAUACGGAUAUCACCAAGAUCCCUGCAGUGAAGUUGAAUGAGCUGCUGGAGAACUUUUAUGUCACUGUCAAGAAGAGUGACGGCUCAGACUUCCUGGCUACCUCACUCCAUGCCAUUCGCCGGGGCCUGGACCGCAUCCUGAAGAAUGCAGGUGUGGGCUUUUCCAUCACCAGCAGCACCUUCAGCUCUUCUACCAAGAAGCUCAAGGAGAAGCUGUGGGUGCUGAGUAAGGCGGGGAUGUCGGGCGCCCGCUCUCGAAAUAUCGUCUACUUCUCCCUUUCUGAUGAGGAGGAGAUGUGGCAGGCAGGGUGUCUGGGGGACGACAGCCCCAUCACUCUUCUGUCCACUGUGGUCAAGUACAACAGCCAGUACCUGAACAUGAGGACGCUGCAGGAGCAUGCAGAUCUGAUGUACGGUGACAUAGAGCUGCUCAAAGACCCACAAAACCAGCCCUACUUUGCCCGGACAGACAGUGUCAAGCGGGAGAGUCGGAGUGGAUCCACUAGAGUGUGUCAUGGGAAGAUCUACCAUGAGCAUUCCAGAGGACACAAGCAGUGCCCUUACUGCCUCCUCUACAAGUACAUGUACAUCCACCGGCCACCCACCCAAAUGGAGGCCAAGUCCCCCUUCUACCUUACUGCCAGGAAAGAAGCCACAGACAUGGGCAAUGUGUGGUAUGAGGAGCAGAGGAUGGGACUGCGUUCUCUUCGAGGAAUUGUCCCAAACUUAGCCAAGAAAGUCAAGCUGGAAAACUGUGAGAACUUCACCUUCGUCUCAUUUACUCAGGUCUCCAGGAAACUUGGCUCCCACAGCUGCUGCCAGUGAGCCUGGGUGCAGGCCACUGCCCUAUUCCCCCUUGUAGGUGAGAGCUCCCCCAGGUGGCCAAGCCAGAGUCAGCAGCAACCCAGAGCUCUGAGGAGGCAGCUGCUGACCCUGUGUAACUCCAGGCUUAGACUAGUCUCCAUCAGUGUGGCCUGCUAGUCCUCUGACUUGGAGUUUGUUUUUUGAAUGAAAAAAAAAUGAUUAUCUGAAUAAUUUGGAUGUGUUAUCCAAAUGUGUGUUACCUUUGUUAAAUUGUAAAACACAGUGUAUAAUUGCUAUAUAUGAGAAUGAGGAAAUUCAUAUUAUCUAGUGCCUUUUUAGCACAGGUUUUCUGGAAAAAAAAGAGAAAAAGAAAAAAAAAGGAUACUGAUUAAAUAGUUAUUAAAAAAAAUCCCAGUAGCCCAGUAGCUUUAGAUUGUUAGGAAGACUAUACGCUUUGUUGAAUUACACUCACAGUAAGGAAUUAGAAAGAGAGAGACAGACACAUUAGAGAAAAAUUGCACCUGACACUCCUUUAUAUUUUGUUGGUGGAUAACUUGGUUGUGUAAAGCAGGCAGCCUUGCUAGAGAAAACUCUAGAGUGCCUGCCAGGGCGGCGGGGGCUGCUCUAUGCAGUGAAAGGAUCCAUCUCUGCUGUCAAGGUAGACAAUUUUAUGAAAAGAAGAUUAAUGCACCAAAAGGGUGUUUGUGAGAACAAGGUUUUCAGUGAACUAGAUGGUUCAUACCUUGAGGGAAUUUCUAGUAGUGAAAGAAAAUGACUUAGAAAAGCCACCUGUGAUCAAAAUGUGAAAACCUCCUGACGCAGAAGUGCCUAUGUCUUAGUUCUCAGCACUACAUGAGAGUGUUUUUUUGUGUGAACAUAUUUAGUGUUUUUUAACCUCUUCUUCUUAUCAUACAGUUGUUCUGUCAGCAUAUAGCACUGGAUUUGUAAACAACUAACAGUAACAUUCAGGCCCACCUAGGAAAAUUCAACAAAACAAGCUGCAAAGGAAACAGAUCCCCAGAUGUGUUUACUAAGAGGUUUGAGAUAUUUUUUAUCCAAGUAUGACUUUUUCAGCCACAAUGUCAUCAUUUUAGGUUGGCACCAAUGCUCGCAACACUAUAAUUUAAGAAACCUACAAGGUAAGCAAACCCAACAGAAAAGAUGUAGUGGUAAAAUCAGAGCAUAAUGAUAGGUUAUUAAUGCAGUUUGAAACCAUUUCACUCAGGUCAAAUUCAGCCUGACUACAUAUUAUUUAAAUAUCAGAAAUUUCUAACAAUUAUUCUGAAUGCAACUAGAAGUGAAAAAGGAACCCAAAGAGUGCUAAUUGAUAAUAAUAUUAAGUUCUAGGUAUCUUUAUUUGUAUUCAAGUAAAGACUGCUCUAACUUUAUACCAUUAUGUUCCUGUGUAUGCUUUCUAAUUCCAAAUUAAAAUUCCAACACAAAUUCAUUUUUGUAGGAGUCUUAAAAUCCUAUUUCUUUUUAAAGCAUUAUCUUAGUAUUUUUAAUUGUUUUUAAAAUCAUUCAUUGGUCAUUAAAAUAUGUGAUACUUUACCAGAGAAGACUCAACCAAUGCUGCCUUAAGGUCUAAAGUUGUUCCCUUUGUAAUUAGUGCACAUUUAUAAUUUGUUUACUAGUUUAUCUUUCCUGAGAUUAGUUUUGGUGUAUCUUCAUGUGUAUAUAAAUAACAGGUAAUAGUUAAUAAUCACUGUUAAAACUUGAUAUUACAUACUGUUCUGUCAUGGUUUCUUAUAGUGAUUUUAGAGUUUUACUUAAGAAGAAAUAGACACAAAACAUUAGGAAUGGUUUCCUUUCAUUUGCUAAACACCCAAAGGAUAUUUUGUUGGUGGAAAGCAAAUGGUCAUUUUCUUGUCAGUUCUGCAUUUAAACUGAAGUUUAACCUAUGUGAACUUUCGGCAGAGUCUGCAGCCCAAUUAAAUAAAGCCUCCAUUUUUAUUUCAAAUAGAUUCAAGAAGAAAUUGCCAUUAGGAAUCACUGGGAUCUUUUCAGAUUUUUACAUUUCCAAAAAUAGCAAUAACUGAGCCAGCAGUUGUAAUUGUCCUGUUUGUAGCUGUCUGUCAGCUCAAUAACCAUCUCUUCCUCAGAUAUGCUGUCUAUCACUUAUUUGAUGUAUUGUAAAUCCCCAGAGUUCUGAAGUGAAGGAUUAUAAUAAAAAGUCAGGAGGGCAAAUCUUCAGUGACAGCUGAUGGAAUGAAAGGCCUGUCUCAGCAUCACCUGUCUCCCUGGGGAGUGGGUGUGAGGAAGAAAGCACAUCCACCUGUUGCUACCAGGUGCCACCCACUGUACGAGGUACUUUCCCUGUUGUGUAUUUGUGUAUGUGUGUGUGUGUGUGUAUACACACGCUUCAGAUUUGCAUGUGGUAAAGCCUGGCAAGCCUGCUAACUUGGCAAAGCACCUAUCCAUGCCUAUGGCCAUGCCUGUCCUCAGGGGACCUUCAGGGGCUAGGAGAGCUUAUUCUAGCUGUUCAGCUGAGGCAGUUGUACUGUCCUUCCAGUUGGCUCUCUACCAUUCAUUCCCCCUGAAUACCUUGAUUUUCUGCCCUUGACCUAGGCAGAAAGAAAGAUUCCAAGAGGAGUGGGAAGUUAAGACAUUUUCUCCACUUUGGGGUUUUUGUACUCUGCAGCUGGAAUAAAUGUCAAGAACUUGCAAGUGUGCCUAGAUACAAGUUGCCUCUGUCCCUGCGUGGGGAAUGGAGGUAUGGUAGGAGAGGACCUGUGGAGUCUUAGGGAGAGCCUACACCUGUAGCACCUUCUGUGUCUGCUCCAAAAGGAGCUCUGGGUACCACAUUCCCAGAAUGCAGUAGGCCUUCCUGCUAGGAGCAUAGAUUGGUAGAGAUGAUAGGGUGUCACUUGAUGGGUAAGAUCUGAUUAAACAUGAAGAAUUCAACACAGACAUCAUAAGCAUGCAGUGUCACUUUUUUAGUUACAACUUUUCACAAUAAGUAAUAUUUUCCAGCUCAUCUGCAUUAGGCCACUUACUUCUUUCAUUAUGGAGAUUUUUUCUUUCUUAAACUGCUAAACUUGGAAGAGGAAAUCAAACUCAGUAAUCUGGUCAAGUUAAUGCAUUUAUGCCCAUGAAUUCUACCUCCACACAACCAAGCCCUGAUACCUCACAUAUAAGCAAAAACAAGGAAGAACAGAGACACCUUAAAAGGCUUUAUGAAAAGUUUUUCCAUUGUUUUGUGUGUUUGCAAAAACAAAAACAAAAAAGGAAUAUUAUGGAAGUAAUCUAACCAAAGCUGUGAAAAAAAAAAUAAUGGUCUUCUUGGUCAUGUGGCAUUGUCCAGCUUUCCUUGGAUUGUAUUCAUUAGUCUGCCC